AUUGAACUUGCCCAGAGUUAAUGACAGUUCUGUCAAAAACAUAACCAAACUCUUUGGCCAUCUCUCUUUUUACGAGUCGGAAAGAUGGCGGCGAAAAUAAUAAAAGCAGGGGGCUCAGAACUUGAUGCCUUUGAGACCCAAGUGUCUCAGGCUCUUCUCGAUUUGGAACUGAACUCAGACUUGCGAGCCUACCUUAGGGAAAUGCACUUUACGAAAGCGAGGGAAAUAGAGCUUGGAAGUAGAAAAUCUAUCAUCAUCUACGUGCCUAUUCCCAGUCUAAAACUGCUGCAAAGGGUCCAGACCAGGCUGGUACGCGAACUGGAGAAGAAAUUCAGUGGGAAACACGUAGUUUUUGUUGGUGAUCGUAAAAUUUUACCCAAACCGACAAGGAAGACCCGCAUGAAGAAUAAGCAAAAGCGUCCUCGCUCUAGGACUUUAACCGCUGUCUACGAUGCUAUCUUAGAGGAUUUAGUCUACCCAGCUGAGAUUGUGGGUAAAAGAAUUCGAGUUAAAUUGGAUGGUGCUCAAUUGGUGAAAGUUCAUUUAGAUAAGAAUCAACAGACGACGAUUGAACACAAAGUAGACACAUUUGCGUCUGUCUACAAGAAGUUAACAGGUAGGGAGGUUACGUUCGAAUUUCCCGAACCUUAUUUGUAAAUGAAGAGUUAUUUAAUAAAAUAAUUUUAAAAUAG